AUGGGCUGGCUCCCGUGGUCCUCUGGUGACUCCAACAAGGCCUCUGACGGCGGCCGCAUCGCGCCGGAUCGGACAAGUCGCGCACGCUGCUGGGAGGGCAGGGAUCUGUUUUUCGCUUGUCUGGAUCGCAAUGAUAUUCUUGAUGGUAUCAAAGACGACAAGGAAGCUCGACGGAAAUGCGGGAAGGAGGUUGAGGAAUUCGAGGCAGCUUGCUCGUCGACCUGGGUGAAAUACUUCAAGGAGAAGCGUGUGAUGGAAUACAACCGGGACAAGACGAUUGAACGAAUUAAGAAGGAAGAUGCGGAGAAGAUGAAGGAGUUGAAGGCUCAAGGCUGGAAGUCAAGCUAA